AUGCAGGCGCAGGCUCUUUUUGCGGGCUACGACCAGUUUGUGUCGAAGCUGCCAGCAUAUGGGAAGCAGGCGAUUCAACGCUUGUUGCCCAAAAAUGACAGCAGCUGGAAGAUGUCGAUGCUGCCAUACAAAACCACUGACGGUCGCCAUCUUCAUCGGCAUAUCAAGUCAGGACAGCAGGACAAGGUAAAGGUCUACAAGGGAGAUCUCUCCACGGAUGAUGCGGUCUACAACUUCCCCAAAGCCUUGAAAGAGUCCAAGAUGCGCGAUGAUCCCACGUUUCUGUACAACGCAGGCCUUUCAGUGGCCAAUCUCUUUCUCCGAAUUUUGAGCGACGUGCAGGCGCUCUUCAAUCUCUAUUUUGCCAAUCACCCGGAUUGGGACCAAACCUGUGAGUCUUUGCCAGCACGGUUUUCGCUGCUCUUCGAGAUGGAGGAUACGCGACCCACCUCGAACUGGAAGUCCUCCAAGUUCCUUCGGAAUUUUGGAGCGUCUCGCGCGACUCGGGAGAAGCGCACGCUGAAGCUGACCCACCGCGCGGGUGACACCGUCAGUCAACGUGGUCGCGAGAUGACCGACGACGACCGGGCCAUGAUUAUGGAAUGGCAUUGGGUCUCCAAACCCACAUGGCUUUCGAAGCGUGAAACGCGUGCGGCCUUCUUCAAGCCCACACCCCCAGUGCAUGGCAAGGAUGGCUGGGCCACCACCGAUGUCUCGCAACUGAGCUCCGUAAUGUGGCCCCACAUGUGGUGCGAGUUGGUCGAACAGGAGUGGCAGAUCCAAUCGAUGAAGCUGCCAAGUCAAGACGAAGGCCACCAGACCUUGAUGCUCAACUUGAAGGACUUGUAUUCUCAGAUUCCAGACUCUGUGCUUCCUUUGAUCAAAGACCGGCAAUUUGACACUUAUGCCCGCGACAUCAUCAAGAUGCUCCCAGACUUCCCCAGCAGCGGAUGUCCCGACAGGAUGACGAACAAGCACAAGAACGCCGUUGAUUUGGCGACCUUUGCUUUGCUCAGCGCUUGGGACACUUCCAUAUCAGCUUUGAAGAACUCCUUGAAUUUCUUCCAAGUACUGGCAGAAGCUUUGCUGAAGGAGGAGGAUGACCUCACUGAAGGUGCAGAAACAGAGACGGAGCAACCCGAGGAGACGGUCAGCAGGAGCGCCCAACUGGAUACCAUCAUGAAUACCAUCAAAGUGUCCCUGGACAAGUGGAGAAUCGAAGGCAUCCGUGGCCAAGGUCUUCGGAAGAACCUGAUGCUGUCAUGGGAAGGCUUCUUCAAGGAGCUCUCCGACAGUGAGACUCAAGGGCUGGUGGAGGCCCGCCGAAGCUUUCAAGAGUCCCGGGAGGCUUUGGAGGCUUUGUUGGUAUCUGAGAAGAAACGGACUCGAGAAGUAGGUGACCACUUGGAGAGAUUGUUUUCAGAAUCUGGGGCGAGCUCAAGUCAGCAAGAAGACAAGGCAGCACAGCGGGCACUGCAUCCCCUGCAUGUGGCUCUUCGCUAUGUUUCCCUGCUCACGGACGCCGCACUGGCAAGGCAGCAGGAGGUGCUAUCACACUUUCGCCGCAUUUCCAGCUGCAUCGAUGCGAUCUCCAAGCCAAAAGCUUUGCCCGGAACUGCCUUCGGAGAAUGGACCAAGGACCCGAACAACGUAGGGAAGUCGUAUCGGCCCUACGCCAACAUGGAAGGCUUGGCACGAAUGCGAAAGUGGUUCAAGAUCGACGAGUCUGCUCAGCAUGGUGCUGACCUCUUUUUUGAUGAGGCUUGCCGUGUUCCACCUCACACAGAUUUCACUACUCCUGAGCAUGAGAGGCUUGAUAAGCUUGGCGAGCCACGCUCAGAGUGCGAGCGAGUGAUCUUGAGCAAUGCCUUCAUAACGAUUUUCCCAAACUUUGCAGUAACGGCGAUGCUCGACUUCGAGCGCUUUCGGAAUCACCUGAAGGUGCUGGGCAAAAAUCCCACCAAGGAGAAGGUGGAUGAUAUGCUGCGCCAACUCUUUUCAUUUGUUACGCGGCUCAAAACAGCGGGCAGCCAAUUCCGCAUGGAUGAUGACUUCUACAAAUCCUUUGCCUACCGCGAGGAUGGCUCUCUGAUCGGCCACCUUUGGGCGAAUCUCCCCAGCGCCCUCACCGAGAUCGCAGCGACGCUGCAGACCCGCGAGAAUCGAAGGACGCAGUGGAUUACGGAGUCCAUUGCCUUCCGCGCAAAGUUGAAGUCUGCACGACGCAUGCGCUUGAGGGAGAUGGAACUGGCGCAGAAGACCAUUGCCACCAAGGUGGAAGGCUGUGUUUGUCAAGAGCGCUGGUCUGGCUAUGUGUGGAGCAAUUACCUGCCUGGCCUGAAGUCUUUCCAAGGCUGCGUGUCCAACACAAAAGCGAUGAGCUUGAAGUUUGUCCACAACUCUCAAGGCUGGAAAGGCUUCUGUAAGACCAAGAAGGACAAGAGCGCUGUGACGGGGACGUCCUGCAAAGUGAAGUUUGCGGAGUGCGAUCCAGACGCCGAAGCUACUAGUAACAAAGGGCAUCAAUACUAG